AUGGACUUCGUGCGAUGUGGCUUCCUGGGAAUUCCUGGGCUGACAUCCCCUCCUCGAAGGCAGUACCCUGUCCGGAGACAAUGCGGCCGGAGCAGCCGGCCGUGGGAAGUCCUUGGUAUACCUCAAGGCGCAAACAAAGACGAGAUCAAGCUGGCCUACAGACGCCUUGCAGUGAAGUUUCACCCGGACGUCGACAAGUCAAAGCGAGCGACCUCCCGAUUUCAGGAAAUUCAGGUGGCCUAUAAGAAGAUGAUCGCAGCGUGCGGGCCGAACCCAACAGUGCUGCGGGAGCAAGAAUGGAAGUCGGCGAAGAGGAGGCAAGCGACGAGAAAGGCAGCUGCUUCCGAAGGAGAUCGGCGAGCCAAGCCGCUGGAUUCCUUUCGUAUUUCCCACGUGCUGGAUGCUCUGCUGCCCUCACGUGAGACGUUGGCUUAUGGAACCAUCCUGCUGAUUCUGCUACCGUACAUGGCCAGCUUCCUCUACGGAGUGCGAUGGGCGAACGGCCUGGCGGAGCCUUGGGCGAAAGAUCUGGGAUGCAACCGACACGUCGUAGGACAGAGUUUCCUGGGUGGACCACAGCCAUUGGCCGAGAACUGCGGUGACCUGGCCGCCAAGAAUGAAGCCAAGGACAUGGUGCUGCUGAACGACUCCUUGCAGCUGGCGCACAAGUGCAUCCUGAACUCAUUUUAUGGCUAUGUGAUGCGCAAGGGCGCGCGCUGGCAUUCCAUGAAGAUGGCUGGAAUUGUCACGUAUACGGGAUCGAACCUCAUCCGUGAGGCCCGAGAGUUCUGUGAGCAAGUGGGCCUCCCCCUGGAGCUCGACACGGACGGAAUUUGGUGCCUGCUGCCCAAGAGCUUCCCAGACACAUUCAAAAUCAAGAUGAAGGGUGGCAAAGAGCUCAAAAUGCCCUACCCGAACUGCGUGCUGAACUACCGAGUUCACCAGAAGUACACGAAUCACCAGUAUCAGGAUUGGGACCCCGAGACAAACAGUUGGAAGACGUCGAGUCAAAACUCCAUCCUCUUCGAGAUCGACGGGCCAUACAAAGCCAUGAUCCUGCCUGCCAGCACAGAGGAGGAUAAGAUGCUCAAGAAGCGCUAUGCCGUCUACAACUUCGACGGGACCCUGGCUGAGCUGAAGGGAUUCGAGGUAAAGCGCCGCGGUGAGCUUCGGUUGAUCCAGGUCUUCCAGACCGAGGUCUUCCCAGAGUUCUUGAAGGGGGAGAGCAAGGAGGAGGUCUGGAAGAUCGUCGGCGCUAUGGCCAAUCGCUGGUUGGACGUCAUCGAGUCAAGAGGCAGCACGAUGACCAACGACGAGGUGAUCCAUUUCUUCUCUGAGAACAAGACUAUGAGCAAGUCUGUGGAGCAAGCCGGGUCCUACAAGUCCGUGCAGGCAACCACCGUCCGCCGGCUGGCCGAGUUCCUCGGCGUACCCUCCAUGCUCCAGGCAGAGGGCAUCAGUGCUCACAUGCUCAUUGCAAACAAGCCCGUGAAUGCCAGCUGCACGGAGCGUGCAAUUCCAGUCAAGAUCUUCUUUGCUGAAGAGGAAGUGAAGAAGACAUGGCUUCGGCAUUGGCUGCAAGACAACAGCUUGACCGACUUCGACAUGCGCUCGAUUAUCGACUGGGAGUAUUACAAGGAGCGCCUUUGCGCCGUUUUCCAGAAGCUCAUCUCUAUUCCAGCAGCUUACCAGAAGAUCUCCAACCCAUGCCCCCGGGUCAAGGUCCCUGAGUGGCUGCGGAAGCGCGUGGCGGAGCAAAAUGACCAAUUCAAGCAGCGCAGUUUGGGAAUGUGGUUCCGACCGGCAGCGAGCAGGUGUGCAGACGACGAUCAUGGAUUCGAGGGCAAGCGCAAAAUCGGAGACAUGGAGGACUUGGCAGGCAGCAAGAAGCUCGAAGACUUCCCUCAGCUCGAGUACGGCGAAGGACCCAAGAAGUGGCUCCAGGUUCAGAAGAUGAGGUGGGCAGCAGGUCAGGCAGCACAGUCCGGAGGUGCCCGACGCUACUCGCUCUUUGACACCGGCGCUGAGUACACAUCCCUGCCACAAGAGGCAUUGACUUCCGCUUGGCACGUCCUGGCUGUAGAGCCGAGCACCAGCUCCUCUGAGCUCAAGGUGGGAGACUCCGUGUUGGCCGAGGUGGCCGUGGACUAUCUCGAUGACCUAGAUUCACACCAUCCGGAAGAGCGGGUCGAGGUCUACAAGGGCACCAUCUUGGGGUUUGUGGGAGGCAUGGUCCGUGUCAUGCUGGACACCGGCGAGGAGCAAAUCCUCAAGCGAUCUUCAGUGCAAGCCGUGAAGGACGGAGGCCUUUUCACCGUGUGGGUGGCUGUUGGAGAUGGCAUGGCGGUGUAUCGAUGUGAGGUUCUGGUGAAGCGACAAGUCAUCUUGGCCCUAGAGCAGGAUGUCGUCUUCGACUCCUCAAGGCAGGUGCGGCCAGUCGACCUCUACAAGGGCCUACAUGUGACCUCGCCACACCGCGGUGCCGGCGUGGUCGCAAAUGUCGCACCUGAAAUCGGGCUUUGCUCCGUGCGCUGGGAGGAGAACGGCAUCACAGAGGUCGUUCCCAGCAAGGAUUUGUUCAUGACCGGCAGCGAUGCCACAAAGGUCCUUCGGGACGCCCCACGAAAUCUACAUCAUCCUUGCCUGGUGCAGAUGGAGAUGACGGAGACGGAGUUUCAGCAGCAGGAGAGCGAGGGGUUCCAUGGAGAUCUGCCUGCCAGCGUCCGCGUGAGCUCCGUGUACGAGGCCGAAUCCCCUUUGCUCUUCGAUGUCAUUUGUCGGCUCGGUCCACUGGUCAAGUUCUCCCCAUCGCCUGGGGUCAAGGACAGCCAGGCGCGAGGCCUGCGAAGGAUCGAUGCCAAGGACCUGCUUCCGCAACCUGCCUCGGACUACCUUCCUAGUCUACCUGCUUCUCGCAAUGUGUACAUGUACCUGACCUUCGACACGAAUCACUCCGGUCGCGCAUUUUGUGGGAUCUUCGCCCCAACCCUGUCCGAGGCCUGGGUUUGCUUCAGCGGGACCGCCAUCAAAGACUCCAAUCCGAAGCGCCAGGAGAUCGAGUCCUUCGUGACAGAGCUUAUUUCAGAUGUCAGCCUGGAUGGCUCCAGUGGUUUCGCGCGCACAGAGGUUUCCUUCCUGAACGGAAAGAGCCUCAGCAACCUGGUGCUUUGGGUGGAACAGCGCUUGAAGGAGAUUCGCAAGCUCGAUGGAGGCUGCAUUUUCGUGGUUUCUUCACAGCUCAGUGCUGCGGAGCUCAGAGGGUUGGCCCCUAGCUGCUAUGUGGAUCAGAGAGCUCUUCGGCACGUGGAAACUCUGCGAGAGACGCCCAUCUUGCAUGCUCCGCACACCAAGGGUAAAUUCAUUCUGGACUGGCCCCGCACUAUCAGCAAAUUCUUCGCGAAGGUGCUGCUAUCGCUGGCGGGAUGGUGGCGAGACCGGCGCACGAUUUGCAGGGCUGCAGGCAUUCCCAUCUGCAACGGCCCCGAGACGAUCGCUGCUUGUGCGCAGUCGGCCUUGGAUGUGAUGUACUCGAGACAGCUGCAGAAGGACUCACAGAUUCGCUGGGCCAGCACUGGCUGCAGGCCUGAUCUUGGCGCCACUUCUUUAGCUCUCGUCGACGCCCAGGAGGAAGCCGUUGAGGCAAUCAGCUGGGUACUGCAGGGCCAAGAUCUUUCCUCCGGCAAAGGUGGCGGCCAAGUGAACAGGCCUGGUGUGUACCGGACGUUCUGCGUGGAGAUGGACCUCGGCACCAAGCUCUGCGUGUGCGCACUUCUCAACGCGAGGCAUCUCAGCGACAUGGAAGGCGGCGAGCUGUCGCGAAAGAUGAUUCGCAAGGUAGGGGCCGGCGAGAGCUUCAUGCGCAACAUGGACCACAGCUCCGAGGCAUCCGUGACCAACUUGGAGUCGCUGGUGACCAUGGUCCAGGAACUCUGCAAAGGUCGCGAUACCAAGGCUGAACAGAUGGCAGAGCUGCGGAAAAGCUGGGCAGCGCAGAGCGAGACCGCUCGGGAAAAGUUGGCUGAGGCGAAGCUGCAGAUUCAGUCUGCAUGCUGCAACGACGAGGAGUUCAAGAGUAUCAUGAUUGAGCACCACUGCGACGAUGCUCGACUAUCUGCCAGGCUGCAGGAUUUGCGCGACGAGUGGCAAGCCUUCGAGAAUCUUCUAGAUGGUCUCUAUGGGUGGCUGGCAUCUCCGACAUCACUGCUUUAUGACGCGGCGCUUCUACGAAGAGUACACCAGUACAUGGACAGAGUCUUGAAAAUCCUGUUGGACGUGGUCCGACGGAAUGGCUGCACCGUGAUCCAUGCCUCUCACAGCAAGGUGCUCCUGGAGACUGGGAAGCUUCGCGUGUGUGACGUGCAGAAUUUCUACACGGCACUUCUGCAGAGCAUCCAGAGCUCGCGCGCACUCGCCGAACUGAAUCUCAACAAUGAUGCGAGCGCUGUGUACUACGGGGUCCUCUGGCUGGAUCCGUCGGACUGGUCCGGCAUCCCGCUGUCCGCAACGGGCAUCAAUUGGGAGGUUCAGAGCUUCUGGCGAUUCACCGAGUACUUGCCGCCAGCAGUCGCGGACGGUGUGCAGAGCUUCGCUUCAAACCUUCUGCUGGAGCCACAGAAACGCCUCGGCGAGCGUCUCGGAUUGCUUGACAAUGACAACUCCUCGGAGGCACCGCCAGACGUGCCAAUGGAUGAAACAGAGCUGGACGCCAAGGACCCGACAGCCAUGGACGAUGACGAUGACGAGGAGCAGGGCGAGUGCGCACAGCGGAGGGAUGUGGACAUGGAGCCAGCCGAGCCCUCCAAAGAGGAACAGGCAUCCAGUGACAAGCAGACCGCCCAAGCACUCGAGGAGCUCACCACUUGGAUCAAGGAAGUUUGGUUCGAGGAGCAGCGUGGAACCAUGCUGACAUAUGUGGCUGAGCUGCAGAUGAAGCGCCAAAAAGACCUGCAACGUGACGCGGAAGACCUUGCCGGAGGAUUGGACAGCGAAGAAGAAGACGAGCCAGAUCUUGGCAACGACAGCGAGGAUCCUCAUGCUGCCACCAUCCGGAGGCAAGAGCGCCUCAGGCGCCGGAUCGAGCAGCGAUGGGCCUUCCCCGACGUGCCGGGAAGGAGGGCACCACCUGGCGCCAUCGAUUUCGAGGCCUUGCGUGCUAUUAUCCAGGUCUACAAGCUGGAGGACAGCAUCUUAGACCAGGUGGAGCAGCUGCGAGACCUGAUGUGUCAGAAGCUACGGGUGAGCUCCUUCCAGCAGGGUCUCGACUUCGAGAAGCCCUGCUUCCCUCUGAUCCUUCGCGACGUUACUUGCGACAGGUGCUGCGUCGCUAGACACCUGGAUGUCACAUCGCACCCCCAUCGCGCCCCGGGACUCUGGGUGUGCGAGAACUGCAACGGUGUGUACAACAAGGAUGGAAUGGAGGCACGACUCGUUGACCUCUUCCACAGCACCAUCCAGGCCUGGCAUUCACAGGAGAUCAAGUGCAGCAAGUGCCGUCGACUUCGCACAUGUCAGAUGCAGGACUUUUGUGAGUGCUUCGGCCGAUGGCAGGUGAAUUUCAAGGAGUCUGACUUCCGAUUGAUCAUUCAAAUUCUGCGUUCCCUGACAGGGCCGCACAGUCUCCACUGGCUGAGGGAGACUCUUGAGUCCCAUGCGAUUACCGUGCUACCGUGA